ACAUUGAGUUUUUUUUUGCGGGAGAACAAAAGAGUGAAAAAAUACUCAGACUUUCCUACGUCCCCCUGGUCACCCGGGUAUGUGUAUCUGUCUGAACACGCCCUAGUUGACAUCCUCUGGGCGAACGAAGAUACCAAGCAGCUGCUGGAGCGUAUUCUGCCUCUCAAUAAUGCUUCCAAGACUGCAAUGGGUUUGAUACAGGCUCUCUUUUGUGACAUUGGAGGUGAUCGCAUGGUUCGUGGAUAUCAAGACAAAGUAUCCCUGCAGUCACAGGACAAAGAUCUAACUCGGUUCAAACUCAAAGGGACGAUUUCUACCAACGGUCUAGUUCUGAAUCUACUUGCCUAUGACACAACCCAGACGAAGAGACAGCAGCAGUCUGACGUAGAUGAAGAAGACCCCAGCCAAGAACUGGAGCUUUCUCAGGGAUUUCUCAACACGACGUGUUCAAAGGCGGCCGGUGAAGACCUAACAGAUGAAGACUAUGCAAACAUAAACUGGAAGAGGAGCUCCAAGCUGCUUGAAAACGUUGAGCUCACAUUCAACAAACCAGGGCGAUGCCCAUCCGCAAACACCACAACUAUCGUCGGAUGUGAUCCUGGUAUUGUUAACGCCCUUACGUUUUCCUCGCUGGACCCUCACAACCCUAACUUGCGGCAAACGGUAAAGGUGAGAAGCAGGUUCUUGUACCUCCCUGUCCUCCGCUUCAAUCACCUGUUGAACAAAAGGAAGCGUGAAAAAGGAAUGAUUGAGGUUGAGAGCGCCAUCCCUGAGUCUCAGACACAGACAGGAUCAACGAAUUUGGAUGUGCUUCAAGAGUUCUACGAGUCCAGAUGGCACCUGAAAAAAAAAUGGGACCUACGAAAGGCUCAACGAGCUACGUUCGGCUACGCGGUACAGCGAGUGUUGAAGAUGCUUGGGGAUAAAGGAGUACUUGUCGUCGGCCUAGGGUCCUUUGAAAGUAGUAAAGGAGUUCCCAGCAAGCACACUGCUAUAACGAGGCAUCUUGUCACACAGGUCAAAGCACGAGGACACUUCGCUGUAGGAGCGCACGAAUUUUACACCAGCGCCCGCUGUCCCCGACCCCUCUGCGAUAGCUUUUUAGAGACGGUGUACCCUCGCUCUAAAUAUUGCAGGACAUGUAAGGUAUUCUUCGACCGUGACGCAGUAGGGGCGGAAAACAUCGCAAGAAUCGGUCUUGCUCAAAUUGAGAGACAAGAGAGACCUGCAAAGUACAAGCCCACGGAAGAGUCGCCUGCUCCGGCUGCAAAGCGCGCACGACGCUAGACACAAGUAUUUGGGUGCCGGCACAC